AAAAAAAGUGGACCGGAGCGGAAUUACACUUUAUCUUAUGAAAGCGCAACAAAACGGACACUUUUAGUGACUGGAGGAUCAGCGCGCUCCAUAAAAUGAUCCCAGUCGGCGACGUGAUACCAUGUCGCAUCUCGUCUGAUGUUUGACACAUUUGAGGAUCGACUAAAGAAACUGGAGGAGAACAUUACAAAGUCAGAGAAUUCAUCCCAAGCCCAACUGGCACCGUUUUUACUGGACUCCGAACAACAGACCGCCGUCCAGAUGCAGUUUCGACUCUUCUCAUUUGCCCUGAUCGUAUUGAACUGUAUGGAGUACAGCAACUGUCAGGCGCCGUCGCACCGCUGGAGGAGAAACAAAAGAGCUAGCUAUGGAGCGUACCCCAUCUGUAAAGGCUGCUCGGUGUGCUCCAGGGAUAACGGCUGUGUAAACUGCCAGCCCAAACUCUUCCUGUUUCUGCGGAGGGAGAGGAUGAGGCAGUACGGGGAGUGUCUUCACGACUGUCCAGCCGGAUACUACGGCAUGCGCAGCCCCGAACUCAACAUGUGCUCCAGGUGCAGGAUAGAGAACUGCGAGUCGUGCUUCAGUAAAGACUUCUGCACCAAAUGCAAGUCGGGUUUUUACCUACACAAAGGGCGCUGCUUUGAUAAGUGCCCCGAGGGCUUUGCCCCACUGGAAGACACCAUGGAGUGUGGAGAGGGCUGUGAGGUGGGUCAGUGGAGCGAAUGGGGAGCCUGCACCAGGAGAAACAAAACCUGCGGCUAUAAGUGGGGUCUGGAGACCCGGACGCGGCACAUUGUAAAGAAACCACCGAAGGACACAAUACCCUGUCCCACCAUCGCUGAGUCCAGGAUGUGCAAAAUGGCCAUGAGGCACUGCAGGAGAGGUGGUUCAGGGAAGCACCGAUCCAAAGAACCAAAGAAGAAGAACAAGCAGAGGCUGCGGUUUCGGGCCCAGAACCAGCACAGUGACCACUUGGCCUCUGCGCGCUCCAGCCAGUGAGGACUGAAACUACCCAU